AUGCAGCCGGGCAGGUGGCGGAGCUCCGACCCACAGCAGCGUCUAGGGCGAAUGUUUGCCCAGUGGGCGUGUAUUCCAGGGGGCUCUUUCAGUUUUGCUUUUAAUUUUGCCCUCAGUAGGCAGCUUAUGUUAUUCAGCUCAGCUAGACCCCUGCCUUAUCAUAAGGACAGAGGGCUUUCUGUAUCCUGGGCUCUUGCCUUGGUGUAUUGGAAGAAUCAGGUCAUAUGUGGCUUGGAGAAGUGCAACGUUGUAUUGAGUAGAAGUAGCUCUCAGCAGAUGGGGGAUGAGUCUGCCCUGCAGUCAGGCUGCUGGGAGGCCCGGGCUCUCCUCCAACUGCUCUGGCCAAACUCUGUCAUUCUGCUGGUGCAUGCGCUGCCAGUGUCUGCCUGUGUGCUCCUGUCCACCGGUGGAUGGUGCGCUGGUGCCUGUCUGUCUGUAUGUCUGUGUGCCCCUGUCCACCAGUGGAUGGCGUGCUGGCGUCUGUCUGUCUGUCUGUGUGCCCCUGUCCACCAGUGGAGGGCGCGCUGGCGUCUGUCUGUCUGUCUGUCUGUGUGCUCCUGUCCACUGGCCAAUGGCACGCUGGCAUCUAUCUGUCUGUCUGUGUGCCCCUGUCCACCAGUGGAUGGCGUGCUGGCGUCUGUCUGUCUGCCUGUGUGCCCCUGUCCACCAGUGGAUGGCGCGCUGGCGUCUGUCUGUGUGCCCCUGUCCACCAGUGGAUGGCGCGCUGGCGUCUGUCUGUGUGCCCCUGUCCACCAGUGGAGGGCGCGCUGGCGUCUGUCUGUCUGUCUGUGUGCUCCUGUCCACUGGCCAAUGGCACGCUGGCAUCUGUCUGUCUGUCUGUGUGCCCCUGUCCACCAGUGGAUGGCGCGCUGGCGUCUGUCUGUCUGCCUGUGUGCCCCUGUCCACCAGUGGAUGGCGCGCUGGCAUCUGUCUGUCUGUGUGCCCCUGUCCACCAGUGGAUGGCGUGCUGGCGUCUGUCUGUCUGCCUGUGUGCCCCUGUCCACCACUGGAGGGCGUGCUGGCAUCUGUCUGUCUGUCUGUGUGCUCCUGUCCCACUGGCCGAUGGCACGCUGGCGUCUGUCUGUCUGUCUGUGUGCCCCUGUCCACCAGUGGAGGGCGUGCUGGCAUCUGUCUGUCUGUGUGCCCCUGUCCACCAGUGGAGGGCGCGCUGGCGUCUGUCUGUCUGUGUGCUCUUCUGCCAGCGUGCUCCUCUUGGCGUCCAGCCGCUUGUGUGUGUGCCUGCUAGGGUCUUGGCGGUUUUAUUGGGUCUUUAUUAGGGUUAAUUAGUGAGGCUGGAGGUUAGAGGCACAGGAUGGGGUGUGACAGGGGUCAGGGUGGUCUUGGGAAAGAAAUGCAGCAUUUGUGAAGGCAGCAGUGCCUGUCCUCACCUAGGUCCGUGGGGGUGGAGCCCUAGCCAGGGACCCGCCCUCCUCUAGCCAGCACUUCCCUUUCCCCUUCCGUAUCAUUUAAAGGGACCAGUUCUUCCCUUCCGGGUGCUCCCGUAUCACCGUGAGCUCUCCGCCUGGGGGCUGCAUUAUGGACACUCUGGCCUCCUGUCUGUUCUUCCAGCCCAACAUGCCAGGCAGUUUCUGCCCAAGGCCUUUGUGCCUGCUGCUGCUCCUGCCUGAAGACAGCUUCCUAGGGCCUGCCAGGCCCACACUCACAUGUCAGGUCUCUGCUGAAACUUCACCUCUCGGUGAGGCUCCUCCGGCAGUCCUGUAUGAAAUAGCCUCUCCCCAGCCCCCAUCCUUCAUACUCUGGGUUAUUUCUCUAUAGCAUCAAUCACCAUCAUUCUAUGCACUCAUGUUUUUUACUGUUUGUUUCCCAUCUCUUCUAACGUAGAUGGAAGUCCCACAAAAGCAAGGACUUUGCUAAUGGGUUUAUCUGUGUGCCUUCAAAGGGACCUGGUGCAAAGGAGAUGUGCCAUAAAUGUCUGUGGCAGGAAGGCAGGAGGACAGGUGGGAAAGCAGGAAGGCAGGAAUGCAGGAAGGCAGGCAGGCAAGAAGGAAGGCAGGAAGGCAGGCAGGAAGGAAGGCAGGAAGGCAGGCAGGAAGGAAGGCAGGAAGACAGGCAGGCAGGAAGGAAGACAGGCAGGAAGGAAGACAGGAAGGAAGGCAGGAAGGAAGGAAGGCAGGCAGGAAGGAAGGAAGGCAGGAAGGCAGGCAGGAAGGAAGACAGGCAGGAAGGCAGGAAGGCAGGCAGCAAGGAAGGAAGGCAGGAAGGCAGGAAGGCAGGCAGCAAGGAAGGAAGGCAGGAAGGCAGGCAGGAAGGAAGGAAGACAGGCAGGAAGGCAGGAAGGAAGGCAGGAAGGCAGGCAGGAAGGAAGGAAGGCAGGAAGACAGGCAGGCAGGAAGGAAGACAGGCAGGAAGGCAGGAAGGCAGGAAGGCAGGCAGGAAGGAAGGAAGGCAGGAAGGCAGGCAGGAAGGAAGGAAGGCAGGAAUGAAGGAAGGAAGGCAGGAAGACAGGCAGGAAGGAAGGAAGGCAGGAAGGCAGGCAGGAAGGAAGGAAGGCAGGAAUGAAGGAAGGAAGGCAGGAAGACAGGCAGGAAGGAAGGAAGGCAGGAAAGAAGGCAGGAAGGAAGGAAGGAAGGCAGGAAGGAAAGCAGGAAGGAAGGUAGGAAGGCAGGAAGGCAGGAAGACAGGCAGGAAGGAAAGCAGGAAGGAAGGAAGGAAGGCAGGCAGGAAGGAAGGCAGGAAGACAGGCAGGAAGGAAAGAAGGAAGGAAGGCAGGAAGGAAGGAAGGCAGGAAGACAGGAAGGCAGGAAGCCAGCGAGAGAGGGAGGGAGGGAG